UUCCACCCUUUAAAGUGGAGCAAGUCACCAAAAGUUCUGCUUCUGCUUCAGCUUCAGCUUUCUUUCUCUGCGUACUUGGUUAGGGCUAGGGUUCGUCUCGUCAAGGAAACUUAUCGGCUAGGAUUGGAUAGGGGACUCUCCACGUCGAAUUGUGUUAGUGGUCCUCUAGCAUAGAUGGUUAUGGAUCCACACCUCAGAGUUUUAUCUGGUUCCAUGAACGGAAUCAGAUUCAACGAUGAUCCCGUUUCGUUUCAGAAUAUUGUCAAUAAGCUUAAACUCGAAGAAACCAUUGUAAAUCCUAUCGGGUCUCUUCCACUUCUUCAACCUGAUCCAAACCCUAGCACUGUCCCUUCAUCUUCGACUGUGAGCGAGGAAGAGUCCCAUGAAGAAUUGGAUUUCUCCGAUGUAGUUCUCAAGUACAUAAGCCAGAUGCUUAUGGAAGAAGACAUGGAAGAGAAAGCCUGCAUGCUCCAGGAGUCCUCGGCUCUUCAAGCCACUGAAAAACCUUUCUAUGAUAUCCUUGGCGAGAAAUAUCCCCCUUCCCCCAAUCAGCCUCCUCUUUAUCUUGACGAUAACCCUGAAGGCCUAGACGAUCACUUCACCCCAAAGUACAUCAACUAUAACAGCAGUAGCAGUAGUAGCAGCAACGCAGUUGAUACAAAUUGGAUUUCUGAUAUUGGAGAGUUCAAGCCCACUCAGACAGCGACUUUUCUUGGUGACUAUACUUCUCAGUCCACUUCCCCUUCAUCUUUCAGCUCUUCAAACAGUGGUACUAGCACUGUAGAUGGUUUUUUAGAGUCCUCAGUGAGUACAGUUCAAGUUCCUGAGAUAAUUAGUGAGUGCGAAUCUGUUUGGCAGUUCCAGAAAGGAGUUGAGGAAGCUAGUAAGUUCCUUCCUAAUGGUAAUAACCUGAUUCUUGAUCUAGACACCUAUCCUCUAUUCCCUCGCAAACCAAAAGAAGAGGUUAAGGAUGUUGUGGUCAAGGUAGAGCAGAAGGAUGAGAGGGAGCACUCACCUAAUGGGUCGAGGGGAAGGAAGAAUCCACAUCCAGAGGAUACAGAUUUAGAGGAAGGGAGGAGUAACAAGCAGUCUGCAGUUUAUGCUGAACCCACUGUACGAUCUGAAGAGUUUGAUAAGGUAUUGCUUUGUACUGGAGGGAAAGAAGAGUCUUCUUUGUCUAUUCUUCAAGAAGCCUUGCAUAAUGGCACAAGCAAAAAUUCACAUCAGAAUGGGCAUUCCAAAGGAUCCAAUGGUGGGAAAUCCCGUGGUAAGAAACAUGGUGGUAGAAAGGAAGUUGUGGAUUUGAGGACUCUACUUAUUCACUGUGCACAGUCUGUUGCUGCGGAUGACCGUAGAAAUGCUGGUGAACUGCUGAAACAAAUCAGGCAGCAUUCUUCUCCAUUUGGGGAUGGAAACCAGAGGUUAGCCCAUUAUUUCGCUGAAGGCCUUGAGGCACGCUUGGCUGGCACAGGGAGCCAGAUUUACACUGCCCUUGCAACAAAGAGAACAUCAGCUGCUGAUACCUUGAAGGCUUAUCAUCUAUACCUUUCUGCAUGUCCAUUCAAGAAGCUCUCAAAUUUCUUCUCAAACCGGACAAUUUUGAAUUUGGCCGAGAAAGCAACAAGGCUCCAUAUCAUAGAUUUUGGUAUCCUUUAUGGUUUCCAAUGGCCAUGCCUUAUCCACCAGCUCUCAAAAAGACCUGGUGGGCCCCCCAAGCUUAUUUUUACUGGGAUCGAUCUUCCACAGCCUGGUUUCCGGCCAGCUGAGAGAGUCGAGGAAACAGGGCGUCGCUUAACAAAUUAUGCUGAAAGUUUUGGUGUUCCUUUCGAGUACAAUGCCAUUGCACAGAAAUGGGAAACCAUUCAAAUUGAGGAUCUCAAGAUCGAGAGGGAUGAGAUACUUAUUGUGAACUGCUUGUAUCGUUUUAGAAAUCUGCUUGAUGAGACUGUGGUGGUGGAGAGUCCAAGGAAUGCUGUUCUGAACCUGAUCAGGAGGUUAAAUCCUGAUAUUUUCAUUCAUGGGGUUGUGAAUGGGGCCUAUAGUGCCCCAUUCUUUGUUACAAGGUUCCGGGAAGCUCUUUUCCACUUUUCUUCUGUGUUUGAUAUGCUUGAAACGAAUGUUCCACGUGAGGAUCAAGAGAGGAUAUUGAUUGAGAGAGAAAUUUUUGGACGAGAAGCCCUGAAUGUGAUAGCAUGUGAGGGCUCAGAAAGGGUUGAGAGACCAGAGACUUACAAGCAGUGGCAGGUUCGGAAUACGAGGGCUGGGUUCAGACAGCUCCCAUUGGACCAGGAGAUCAUGAAGAAGGCAAGGGACAGGGUGAAAUCAAGCUAUCACAAGGAUUUUGUGAUCGAUGAGGACAGCCAGUGGAUGUUGCAAGGAUGGAAAGGACGGAUUAUUUAUGCACUCUCCUCUUGGGUACCAGCGCAUGACUCCUGAAAAUGUGUUUGUUAGCAUUUGACCAAGGGCAGGAUCGAGGCAGUGGUCUUGUUUAGUCCAUAUUGAACUAGAAAACUUAUUGAAAGGUAUAUAUAUGAGCUCGCUCGAUUGCUGCAGUAGCUUAAUUUGCUUUAUCCAGCGGGUGAAAAGUCGUCCCUGCUGUCGAUCUUGCCAUGGAGGAAGGGGGAUCACUGUCUGAUUGCAUGUAAUGGUAGCAUCUUAUCAACUUAUCAAGGCAAAGUAGAGAGAAGCUAAUGGAAGUGGACAAACAUUUAUUGUAUUUCGCCAGACACUGUGUACUACAAGAAAGUUAGCAGAGGGCAUUAUAAUCAUUUUGUUGGAGUCAAUGAAAUACUUGGUAAAGAAUUUAGUAAGGAAAGAGAUAUGCUGCCUAUGUAUAUUCAUGUUUUUGUAAUGUGUAAGAUGUGCCGGUCCAGUAGUUGACACUAGACAGUGGUGUAGAAGAAGAAAUUUUUGUAAACAGGAGCAUCCAAAAUAAAUGACAUUGUAUGAUGCCGUGUCCUCAUUGUUAUUGCCUUUGUAGUUGUAGUUGUCACCAUCCGCGUGCUUUCUGACCUGCAUUCUCUUCUCUUGGUCUUGGCUCUCUUUUUUUUUUUUUUUUGAGGGGGAGGGUAGCUGUCGCUGUCUUCCAUAUUGUUUGCAUAUCGAUGAUUGUAUUGUAUCAUGUCUGGUCUGGUGGUCAUUUCUUUUCUGUUUUGAAUUUUGAGCGUUGCUGGGAAAGGAAUUCACUUAUUCAUGGUUGAAUAGUCCA